GGCCAUGAAGCAGUUGUGAGGGAGCUCAUAGAUGCUGGUACUGAUGUAAAUGCUCCUUCUGGUUCUUAUGGUACAACUGCCUUGCAAGCAGCUGCACGCGGGGGCCAUGAAGCAGUUGUGAGGGAGCUCAUAGCUGCUGGUGCUAAUGUAAAUGCUCCUCCUGGUUCUUAUGGUACAACUGCCUUGCAAGCAGCUGCACGCGGGGGCCAUGAAGCAGUUGUGAGGGAGCUCAUAGAUGCUGGUACUGAUGUAAAUGCUCCUUCUGGUUCUUAUGGUACAACUGCCUUGCAAGCAGCUGCACGCGGGGGCCAUGAAGCAGUUGUGAGGGAGCUCAUAGAUGCUGGUACUGAUGUAAAUGCUCCUUCUGGUUCUUGUGGUACAACUGCCCUGCAAGCAGCUGCAUGCGGGGGCUAUGAAGCAGUUGUGAGGGAGCUCAUGGCUGCUGGUGCUGAUGUAAAUGCUCCUCCUGGUUUUAAUGGUACUGCCUUGCAAGCAGCUGCACUCUGGGGCCAUGAAUCAGUUGUGAGAGAGCUCAUAGAUGCUGGUGCUGAUGUAAAUGCUCCUCCUGAUGGUUGGUCUGGUCAAACUGCCCUGCAAGCAGCUUCAAAGUGGGGCUAUGCAAAGACUAGAGAAAUUCUACUGGAUGCUGGGGCAGUUAAAUAGAUGCAAAGCUUUAUUUGGGGCUAGUAAGUCUCGACCUUGUUAUCGAGAAAAAAAGGCAAUGGUUGACCGAUUUUUGAUGCAGAGCAAGAGUGAUAAGUAGCUAGGAAAUGAGAAAAGUC